AUGAACCUCAGCGACAACAAUUUAAACGAUUAUAAAUUUCCCGGAAAUCAUUCGUCUAUGUCAAGUAACACAUAACCAAUAGCUAGAUUCAAGUAGAAUGUCUGAAAUUUGUAAUCCAUUUCACACUUACUUAAUUGCAGGAUAAAUCAUUCCCAAAAAUUUAUCUCCUUAAGAAAUACAGGAUAUCCCUUUUGAAGAAUAGAGCAAUGAAUACAUUAAUUCCCCAUAAAUCGAUUCAUAAAAACACAUCGUACCAUCUCUAAAUCAGAAAGAGUGUACAGUAAAUUCAUUUAUUAAUCAUAGCCUACAUCCGAAUAAAUAAGAGGAAAAUAAGAAUUAUUUGAAUAAUAGAGCAAUGAUUAAAGACAAUUACAUUAGUUUAUUAUUAUUAAGACUUUAGUUAAUUCAUUUGUUGAAUAGCUAAAAAAAAAAGCUUAUAUUUUUCCAAAGUCCUUUAAUAAAGAUUUUAUGUUGAUUACCUAGGAACGAUACUUGAAAGACGUAAAACUUCAGUCUAAAGAUAGAGAAGAUAAUAGCAGAAGCUUCUUAUAUAAGCUUCCAAUCAUACCACCUUAAGGAACAUUUGUUUUAGUUUGGGAGUUAGUCUUAUUUCUUCAAAUCAUGUUAAUUACCUUUUGGGGACCAUUUUUGGUUUCAUUCCAGCCAGACACAAGUACUUUCAUUGUCGUUUUUGAAAACUUCUUAAGAUAUAUUGGCAUAAUAGAUAUCUUAAUCAAAACAAAUAAAAGUCUCCUCGUUUAAGGAUCAAUUCUAGAAAACAGAAAGUUAAUACUAAUAUAUUACAUAAAGACUGAUCUAACAUUUGAUUUAAUGUCUAUAAUAAUUCUAUUUGUUAAUGACUCUAAAUACUCAAAUAGCAUUGAACUAAUUUCUCUUAUUCUGGCUGGAAUCUAAGUUUACAUAACUAUUAAAAGAUUGAGACAUUUUCUAGAAAAAUUAUAAGAAACUUUUGAUGAAUAUUAAAACUUUUUUGAAUUGACCAAAGUGUUGUUGAUAGUAUUUAUAUUUGCUCAUAUCACUGCUUGCAUUUGGCAAAAAAUAGCAUUGUUAACUGAAGAAAUAGGUUACAAUACUUGGAUGUCUCUGAUGACUAUGCAUAAUGAUACUAUUUGGAUCAGAUAUAAUUAUUCAUUUUAUUGGUCAACUAUGACUAUGGUGACAGUAGGGUACGGUGACAUUACUCCUCAAAACCCUUUUGAGAUGCUAUUUUGUAACUUAACUAUGAUCGUUUCAAGUGCAAUAUUCGGGUAUUCUCUCAAUUCCAUAGGAAUGAUUCUUUAAAAUAUUAGCAUCAAAGUUUAGAAAUAUAAGUAAGUUGUAAUUUAUAUAUUGAUUUUAGAAAAUUUUCAGUAUAAAUGAAUAGAUAUAUGAACUAGAAUUAAGUCAAUUAAUAAUUGCAGAGCAAAAUCAGAAAUUAUUUAAAAUUCUAUUUUGAGCAAGAUAGUAGCAAAAAUGAUGAUGAAGUAUUGUAAGAUUUUUAUGAAAUUAGAUUUCUUCAAUCAUUUAAAAAUUGACUCCUAAUUUAAGAUAAGAAUUAAUUUAUGAUAUAUAGAGUAAACCCUUGUAAAAUUGUUAUUUUUUUAAAUAUCAUUUAUCUUAAGAAAUUUAAAAACAGAUAGCAUUUACUUUAUAGUCUCAUCAUUUGAAUCCAUAAGAAAUAAUCUACAAUAAAAACUGUAUUGAAGAUGACUUAUCCCUGUAUAUAUUAGUUAAGGGAGAAGUAAGUCUAAUUGAUUAGUAGAGUGGUUAAACAUUGUGUGUAUUGCAUAAAGGAGACUGCUUUGGUGAAUAUGAAUUUUUUACAGGUGAAUAAAGAAAAUGCACAGCAAAAAGUAUGACAUUUAGUCAAAUCUAUAAAAUCUCUCGAAAUUAAACAUUAGAAAUUCUAAAUUCAAAUUAAGAAGAUAAGGAAAAGUUUUUUAGCAUCAAAGAUCAUCUAUUAUUGAAGAUCCCUUGCCAACAUUCAGGAUUAAAAUGUAAUUGCUGUCAAAAAUCUACACAUUUCAUAACAGAUUGUCCAUUUGUGAGAUAUAUUCCAGACUUGGAGAAAUUGAUAAAGAAGGAAGGCUUUCUAUUUUAGCAAAGGAAAUAUUAGAAAAGAACCAAAAGAAAGAGUGGAAAUUCAUUAAUUAAAUUAAAAGUAUAUUAUUGAAUUAAUUAGAAAACAGGAAAAUUGUAACUAGUGUGUCAAAUUUAUUACCGAAUCAAAACUAUUUGAAAAUGAUGAAUUAUCAGAAUUGUUCCAUCCUCCCUCUCCAGAUUCAUCUGAAACAAAUCAAGCAGAAGAUAAACCUGAAGAGAAGGAAAGCUCAUUGGAAAAGGUUUAUACAAGAAAUAGGUCAAGAUUUAAAUCGAUGUCCUCAGAAAAGCCUUAAUCAUAAUAGCAUCAACAAUAUUAAGAAUAGAAAAUAUCUUUAAAAUUUUUGGAUAAAACUUAUAAUAGGGCAAUGUCACAAGAAAAAUCGAAAUAAACAAUUCGUAAUAGUGAAAAAAAUGGUCUCUAAAUAUCUGUUACUAAAAUAAUGCCAGAAUAUGAGAAAAGCUCUUAUGAACCUACGAUCAGAACAAAGGGCAAAAAAAGCAUAGAAAAUACAGAUAUUCAUAGUAAUUUGUCUGCAAUUAACAAUGAUAUCUAAAAUUAACAAGGAGAACUAAAAAUAAAUGAUAUUGUCCCUUAAUUUUAAUGUUGCGAUAUAGACAGGAUGGAAUCCUUUAAGUAUUAUUUUAGUCAUUAGAAUUUUCCCUAAAUUAUUCAAGAUUAUUAGAAGUCUUAAAGAUAUAUAAAAAUAUUAUCAAGAAAAAAUAUUGGAAAAUAUGCUAUUUACUAUAAAGCCAAAAAGUUCAAAACUUAAUACAAAUUAAAAAGAUUGAAAUAAGUAGCAAGAAGUUCACAAGUAAUAUAGUUUUAACCCAGAAGAAGCAAAUAAGCGAAAACUAGUAUCUUCUAUUAACCUCCACCUUUAUCACAUGAAAAAUGA